GUUUCCAUCGCCGAUUGAAGUUUGCUUAAACAAGCGGAUCAGACGAAAGUUGUCUGGUGGAAUAGGUGUCUCGUGGCGCAACUUUGAAUUUCUUCUUGCGGGGAGCUCCUUCUUGCAAUGGACGAGAAUGCGCAGGCACAUCCCGGUGUGCGAGUUGGCGCGACGUCCGUUAUUUCACGCAUGAUGUCGCACAAACCGCCAGCGCAGCGCAAUUCGGGCAUUUCCUCCUUCAAUACGUCCGCCACCAACACCGGCGCCGCGGCGGACUCGCACAGGCAAAGUCGCACUCAACGGCACGAGGGGGAUGGACUAGCAAACAGCAACAACAUAGAUGUCGGAGGCGGCCGCGCACCUCCCGGCUCCAGUGACGCAGCUGCCGCACCCACGUAUCACCGCAUCAUGAUCGACGGCGACGAAGGCGACAAGGACUACCUAACGAGUGUCGGCAUCAUCGCCAACAUCAUCCAGUCCCGCCAGACCUACAAGGACAUCGACAAGGGACAACGCGAGACCCCACUGACGGUGGAGGAGGUGGAGCAGCGGUACCGCGACGUCGUGUCGUCCUCCUUCUCGCCUUCUCCUUCCCAGUCGUUCAGCGGUGGCGGCGACGCUCUUUUGUCAGGUGACGCGCGUGGAGCACAACAGCAGCAGCAGCGCCAGCCACAGCAGCAAGGGAGGGCGUCAGCGAGCUUAGAUGUGCUGAUGGGUCUUGAAUUCAAGCGAGGCACCUUCACAUUUCGCGACAUGCGCACCCGCAUCGUCUCGUGGGAGCAGUACGUGAAGGACAUUCGGGCAGUGUACGGCGCCAUCGAAAACGGACCCUGUCUCUCCUCCGGCCGCGCGCGUGUGACGUCCAUAGCUGAAAAGUUCCGGCUCUACUCGCUGCUGAAUCAAGAAAUCGAAGGCAACUGCGAUGAGCUGUUCCGCGACGGCGGCGUGUACGCGCCGUGCACCCGAGUCGACAACAACGUCAACUUGCACACCUCCGUCGUGGCGCCGGUACUGUUGGACUACGUGGUGACGACGGCGCUGGAGCAGCCUCGCAUGCCGCUUUACGUCGAUGAGAAGACGCAGCAGCCUGUUACCCUGGCCGGCUACCUCGAGACGGGCGGUGUACACGACCCGCGUGCGCUCACCGUGGAGGGGCUAGGGCUGCACCCCACGCUCUACCGCAACAAGUACCUCCCCUAUGACAUGUUUGACGCCAAGCUCAACCCAGCCGGCGAGUUUGGCGCGACGCUUCUCCAGGCGGUGCUGUCCACCGACGGACCAAAUCAGGGCGAUCUCUGCGGGGUGCUGCUGCGCGCGGAGCUGGAGCGACGGGAGUAUCAAAAGAAGCAAGUCACCGCAACGGAAAUGGCGCUGGAGGUGCACGGCUACCACCCAGAGGAGAUGCUGCGUCUCGCCGCGUGGGUGCGGCGGCAGGGCUUCAACAAGUUCUCUCGCAACCGGUGGGUGCUGGCAAUCAAGCGGCAGCGUCCCUCCUCGCGGGGGCCGAAUGAGCUGCCCGACAAGUGCAACACGAUCGGAGACAAGCUGCGCAAUCUGUUCCGCCCGCUCUUCAUGGCGACGCUCUGCCCCAACGACCCGCAGUGGGCGGACGUGGCGCAGCUGCUGGCGAACACGGGCGCCCUCAGCGUCUUCACGCACAACGUCGUGCGCAUGGAGAACUUCCACACGGGAGAGGUGGACCCCGACACGGUGCCGUGGAGUGGGGCAGCCGUUCCUGUGCCGGGGCAGGCCGAAGUGCGCGUCGGUGGCUGCAGCGACUACUACUUCUUUUAUUACGUGUGGGCCAACCUGACCUCGCUCAACGCGCUUCGCGUGCGCCUUGGACUGAACACUUUGCUUUUCACGCCGUCCGUGCACGAGCAAGCCCCCGCGUACGACCAGCUUGUGUGCUCGUUCUUGUUAGCGGACGUCGUGCACCACGUCAGCUCCCUCGCCAAGAGCUGGAUCAUGCAGUUUCUGUACAUGUACUGCCGCAUCGGUAUCGUGCUCUCCCCGCUGCGCGACAACGCGCUCAGCACGGCCUACUUUGACAAUCCCUUCCUGAAGUACUUCCAUCAAGGCAUGCGUAUCUCCAUCAGCACCUCCGACCCUCUCUACUUUCACCACAACGAGGUGCAGCCCCUCAUGGAGGAGUACGCCACCCUCUGCAAGCUCUGCUCCCUCAGCCCUAUGGACACGAUGGAGCUGGCGCGCAACAGCGUGCUGAACAGCAGCUUCCCGGAGGCAAUGAAGCGGGAGUGGCUGGGCGAGCACUACACCCCACUCGGUGCGCAGGGCAAUGAGCUGCGUCGGUGUGGCGUGUGUGCGUACCGCCUGCAGUUCCGUCAUGAAACUUUAGCGCACGAAGAGGAGCUGCUGAAUCGCUUGCUUGAGAAAGCAGGCAUCAAGGCUCCGGGCGGCGGCGCUGGCGGUGACAGGGACGGCAGCCGUCCGCUGGCCAUUCAUUUGAUCCCCUACGCGCAAUCGGUUCUCGUGUCGGACCUCGUGCAGCAGUCGCGGCACCACUCACGCCGCAUGAACUACACCGAUCAGCGCAUUGAGUAUCCCCGCAUCGACAUUUACUACGGCGGCCAUCGGCAGGGCCUCGCGACGGAUGCGGUGGUGGCCCUGCGGCAGGCGAUCGGGAUGCGCCGCAAGUACGCGGGCAACGUCAACCGCACGGCGGCGGACACCAACGUGCACGUCGAGGACGUCUUCAGCACGACGCACCGCUUCAACGAGGCGCAGUGGGAGUACAACACCUACUACGGCGUGUGCAUCUUGUCGUUGCGCGGCAAGACGCCGUCGUGGCCGACUUUCCUGCCCACCAUAACGGAGUUUAUCCGCGACAUGGCCACGAUGCGACAGGUGGCCAACUCGGUCGCGCUUCAACGCCUGGCCAUACACCGACUCAACCUCCUCGAGCAAAAGUUUCUCUUGCACUUGUCGAUGAACGUGUCGAACGAGGCGGGGAAGAAGGAGGAGAAGGAGUGGAACAACCGCGACUUCUUUACGGCGUACAAAGUCGACACGAACGUCCACACCGACGCAGGGUCCAACGCGCGCACGCUGUUGGAGUUCUUCGUCGACAAGGCGCUGAAUCACGGCGAGGACGUCGUCUUUGAGCGUCACCACCACCCCGUCACGCUGCGGGAGCUCUUGAAGGAGUACGAGAUGGACGUGCACCACAUUACCGUGGACGAGCUGCACCACCACCUCAGCACCCAUCCCGACUUGCGUGGCAUCUUUCUUUCACCCUUCAACUUCAUGCAGGGGCGCUACUUCGCUGAGCUGACGAAGCGCACACUCGACAUUUACGAGGAGGACGCCUACGGCUUUGCAGAGAACCGACUCACCAUCACCGGGGAAUCGGAGCAGGAGUGGUACGACCUGGCGCACUGGUUUGACCGCUACGGCAUGGCCAGCUCGCGCAGCCGAUGGAUGGUGUGUUUGCCAUGGCAGUACCGCCGCCUCCGUCGCACCGGCGCGCUCAAGAACUUCGGCGAGUUCCUCGACAACGUCUUCCACCCGUUGUGGGAAAUCAGUCUGCACCCGGCCAAGGACACAAAGUUUCACUACCUACUGGCGCACAUCUCUGGCUUUGACUGCGUCAUGGAUGAGUCGAAGAUCGACCUGCCCCUCUCGGAUGUCUCGCCGCACGACUGGACCAGAGACUUCAACCCGCCCUACAGCUACUACAUGUACUACAUGUGGGCGAACAUCACGACGCUGAACGAGUUCCGCGCCUCGCGGGGGCUGAGCACCUUCACGCUGCGGCCGCAGUGCGGGGAGCGGGGUGGUAUGGACCACUUGGUGACGGGUUUCUGUCUCGCCAACAGCAUCAACCACGGCGUAACGUUGGCGCGGCACCCCGUGCUGGAGUACAUGUGGUACAUUGCUCAAGUCGGCGUGGCCAUGUCGCCCCUCAGCAACACUGCCGGCGCCUCUGCCUACCUCGAGAACCCCUUCCCUGUUUUCUUCCAUCGAGGGCUGAAUGUCAGCCUUGCGACGAACCAGCCAAUGUACUUCCACUUCACGCGUGAACCCCUCGUUGAGGAGUACUCCAUCGCGGCGAAGCUGUGGAAGUUCGAGCUAAACGACCUCUCUGAGAUUGCGCGAAACAGCGUCCUGCAGAGCGGCUUCUCGGCGGCGUGGAAGGAGAACGCGCUGGGUCCCCGCUAUCAGCUCCGUUCCACCCUCGGCAAUGAUGUGCGUCGCAGCCGCGUGUCUGAUAUCCGCGUCGCCUACCGCUACGAGGUGUACCACACCGAGCUGAACUUUCUGGACGAGCAGCUGGCCGUUGCGCCACCGAGCUUCAUGCAAAACAGCUCAACCAGCGGUACGAGCUUGAUGGAUCAGGCCCCACAAAAGGCAUCCCGCACGUCGGCCUCUGCAGUUCCGAACGCGAAUGCUGCUGCGGUCGCGGCGAAGCGCAUGCCGCGCGCGAUGAAGACGCUGGAGGAGGAGUUGGCGUUUUGCGGAGAUGUGGCAGUGGGUACGCUUUGGCGAGGCAUGUCCGUCUCUGGCAUCUCAAGUGAGCCUGGCAUUGGGAGUGUCAGUGUUGAUAGGGGCGUCAGUGCGAGUAACGCAGGAGGCGUGCCGCUGAUGUUCUCCUCGGGGUUCGUGACGCUGGAGUCGCGUGCCGAGCAGCUGAAGCGCGAGAUUCAGCAACUCGACGCGGAGCUGACGCGCAUGCGGGCCGUGUCGCUGCAGGUGGCAGGACAAAACAAUUCCAUUGCGAUGCAGGUGAACGCCAUUCGCGAGCGGUUGCGGACAGAGGGUUUGACGAUUCUGGGCGGCCUCUAUCACCCCUCUGAGGAUGAGCGCGCUGACGAGACCACGGAGGUUGCGCAGCGCAAAGACUGA